AUGGUUGAGCCUGGCAUGAGCAGAGAUCGUCAAGGAAGAGUUCCUGAUUGGAGAACGAAGUGCCAGGACAAAGGUGAACGACUACGUCAGCCGACUAAGCCACUUGGUGAGCCACUUUACUCAACUAACUGUCAACCGGGUGAGCGACAUCAAACCACUCAGUAUGGUGAACCACCAUGUCAGUAUCCAAAGUGGCGUAAGCCACAAAAUCAGCAGGGAACCAAAGUCAAACCUGAGGUGUCCUUCAAGUAUCCUUCAGGAAUCCUGCAGGUUUUUAUCAGGCAUCCUUCAGGUAUCCAAGUAUCCUUCAGGGAUCCUUCAGGCAUCCGUCGGGUAUCCUUUAAGCAUCCAUCAUGUAUCCUUCAGGUACCCAGUGGAUGGGAAAUCCGUCGCUCCUUUCAAGACUCAAGUGUGGCCACUAAUGAGCCAAAUGUGGCCAAUAAUGACCCAAGUGUGGCCACUUACCAACCAAGUGUGGCCACUAAUGAGCCAAGUGUGGUCACUAAUGAGCCAAGUGUGGUCACUAAUGAGCCAAGUGAGGCCAAUAAUGACCCAAGUGUGGCCACUUACGAACCAAGUGUGGCCACUAAUGAGCCAAGUGUUGCCACUAAUGUCCCAAGUGUGGCCACUAAUGACCCAAAGAAGCCGAGUUCGGCCUACCCUGUGGUCGUCUUCGUCCACGGUGAGUCGUACGAGUGGGGGUCGUCCAGCCUCUAUGAUGGGUCCUUCCUGGCAGCCUUGGGUCGAGUCAUAGUCGUCACUAUCAACUAUCGUCUGGGUAUACUAGGCUUCUUUAAUCCUAAUGUAGACCCCGUUGGGCGGGCCACAGUGGCCAACUAUGGCCUUAUGGACCAGCUGGCAGCCCUCCACUGGGUCCAGGAGAACAUAGUCCGCUUCGGAGGAGACCCGGGACACGUUACAGUCAUGGGCCAUGCAGGAGCAGCCUGUCUAAACUUUUUGGUUAUUUCUCCAGCUGCUGCAGGUGAGUGUGUGAUAGCUGAGUGUGUGAUAGCUGAGUAUGUGAUAGCUGAGUAUGUGAUAGCUGAGUAUGUGAUAGCUGAGUGUGUGAUAGCUGAGUGUGUGAUAGCUGAGUAUGUGAUAGCUGAGUGUGUGAUAGCUGAGUGUGUGAUAGCUGAGUGUGUGAUAGCUGAGUAUGUGAUAGCUGAGUAUGUGAUAGCUGAGUAUGUGAUAGCUGAGUGUGUGAUAGCUGAGUAUGUGAUAGCUGAGUAUGUGAUAGCUGAGUGUGUGAUAGCUGAGUAUGUGAUAGCUGAGUGUGUGACAGAUGAGUAUGUGAUAGCUGAGUAUGUGAUAGCUGAGUAUGUGAUAGCUGAGUGUGUGAUAGCUGAGUGUGUGAUAGCUGAGUGUGUGACAGCUGAGUAUGUGAUAGCUGAGUGUGUGAUAGCUGAGUAUGUGAUAGCUGAGUAUGUGAUAGCUGAGUGUGCGAUAGCUGAGUAUGUGAUAGCUGAGUGUGUGAUAGCUGAGUGUGUGAUAGCUGAGUAUGUGAUAGCUGAGUGUGUGAUAGCUGAGUAUGUGAUAGCUGAGUAUGUGAUAGCUGAGUAUGUGAUAGCUGAGUGUGUGAUAGCUGAGUAUGUGAUAGCUGAGUAUGUGAUAGCUGAGUGUGUGAUAGCUGAGUAUGUGAUAACUGAGUAUGUGAUAGCUGAGUGUGUGAUAGCUGAGUAUGUGAUAGCUGAGUAUGUGAUAGCUGAGUAUGUGAUAGCUGAGUGUGUGAUAGCUGAGUAUGUGAUAGCUGAGUGUGUGAUAGCUGAGUAUGUGAUAGCUGAGUAUGUGAUAGCUGAGUAUGUGAUAGCUGAGUGUGUGAUGCUGAGCGAGGAAGGACGUACACCCGUGGACCUGCUGCUGGGAGUGGCUGCCACGGACGUUCUCGAGGUCUUCAGCGACGCGGAGAUCCAGCACGGCUUCGAAGCCGAUCACCGAGAUCGACUCCUGAGGACCUUUGUCACCAACAACUAUCGCUACCACCUGCAGGAGAUCGUGCUGGCCAUCACAGCAGAGUACACGGACUGGGCACGUCCGGUGCAGCAUCCAGUACACAUCCGGGACCUGACGGCGGAGGCCCUACACGAUGCUUCGUUCGUCUCCCCCGUCACCGUAGCAGCUAAUAACCUCUACACCCCGGCCAGAACUGCUUUUCUCUACGUCUUGGACUAUCGUCCGGACGAACCUAACCCCGAGACGGGGCCAGACGUGUUUUUAAACGAGCUGCUGUAUGUGUUUGGUUCACCGCUGGGGUCAGUGGCACCCUUGGCACCGGCCCUCAACUUCACCAAGACGGACGUGGCACUAAGCGAGGCUAUUAUCAACAUGUGGACAAACUUUAUCAAAACCGGGAACCCCAACGAAGGAGGGGUAGGAGGAGAGACAGUAAGUGGAGGGAAGGAGUCCCAGAGAUACAGAAGUCAGGAGUGGGCUGGCUACGACCCUGUCUACCGUAGAUACCUCGACCUGGGAGGUCGUGGACGUGUUCGUGAUCACUACCGUGCUGGUCGUGUGGCACUUUGGUCGUGGCUAGUGCCAGGCCUGGAGAAAGUCGGUUCUCUCUAUGGACCCGACUCUCUCUUCCACAGACUGCCCGACCACGAGAAACCCGACUCGUACUCCGGACCUACCAGGCCAAGCAACCUUUCAACCAACUUCUUGCCGCCUUCAACCACACCGACACCCAGUAAUCCUCCCACGGUGGCUGCAACCACGCACAACACACAACCACCCACUCUGCUGGUGCUGACGAAUUCCAGCAACGUGGCUGGUCUUAUGGAAGAUGUUUCAAGAGGAAGACAACAGCAGCAACAGGGGCAGUUUCCUUACACCACAGCUCUCAGCCUCACCGUAGCUAUCGGAUGCUCCUUACUCAUUCUCAACCUACUGGUGUUUGCUGCUGUGUAUUAUCGCAGAGAUACCGCGCGCCUCACUAAGCAAGGAGGCCCUACUAACCACGAAAGUAGCGUUAACGAAACCGGGAACAGCAUUCAGCUUCGUAGCACUGGCGAUAUCACCGCCGGUAAGCUAUCCUCGCCUUCGAACUGCGGAACGAUGCGCUCUUCGGCGACACUUCGCAGCAGUCUGGCCACCUCCUGCGACGGGGAACCACAGCACGAAUGGCCACCCGACUACAGCAGCUGCUGUCAGAGUGGCCAGGGUGGUGUCCUGAACCCCGGAGGCGAGGUUACUAGCGUGUGUCCACCCCACAAUGGAACAGCUCGUUCAGUCUCUCGACCUCCCCCACCACCCAGGUCUUCCUCCUACCCGUCCCAUGUCGAAGCUCAACCUCUUCUCUCUCCAACUGCCCUGCUGAAGGUUAGCAACGCCGCCUGCUCAGAGAUGCGAGCCUAAGCUAUUACGAAGCCUAGACUGACAUUCUCGGCAGUUAGCUUCCUCAACUCUAGGAAAUACACUGGUUCAGUAGCCCCUUAGCCUGUGUUAGAUGGCAAGUGCGGCAGGCAACUACAGUAGAAAGAAAUUUGGUGCUGACCAAACUUUUAAUGUAGAUCUCAAUGAAGUCAUGACUUGAGGAGAGUGUAGAGUGUAGUGUGAAUGUAGAGCUUCAUCAAGUCAUGAUAAAACUCUGUAUAAAGCGAAACAUGGUCUAUAACAGAGGUCUGUUCUGCAUCAUAGUUCUCUUCACAAACCUCUGAGCCUACCUAAGUGAACGAGUAAUGAUAAAUCGACGUUUUUAAUAUUAAUCUGUACAGUGUAGGUAUAACUUUAAAAACGCAUUUUGAAACCCAUUAUCCAUAUUUAUUAUUAGAAUUUGAGUUUGUAUAGUUCACCAGUGGAAACCAUUUUCAUGCACUCUCCGAUACACUUUGAAAGGGCAGAUUUAUAGUGAGAUCGCAAGAACAUUAGUAGUGUUCAACCCACCGUCACAGUGACAGAGAAAUGUUCAGCAGAUAUAUACUGCGGCGAAAUGUAUAGACAGUGAAUAACAUGGUAAUGGAAUGUAGAAGACGGAUGAUGUGAUGAAAUACUCCAGGAUAUAUGUACGGUGAGAGGUAUCGUGCAGUGUAUAUAUACACAGAGAGGUCUAUUUCUCUCUUUGGAACACGCAAUUGUAAGUGAUCAUUACUGGCAGAAGAUUUUUUCACUCAAUGCUUCCUCUCUGUGUUGUUUACAAGUGUAUCUUAUUUUAUGUAGGUUGUUUUGAGAAAAAAAACUUAUAAAUAAUUAGUAGGUGACACAGUAGGUUUGAAGUUUCUUAAGUAGUGUAAAUUUUCCUUGCUUGAGAAGGCAGUGACAACGGCCUUUGUAGAGGAAGACAGUGACAACAACCCUUGUAGGGGAAGACAGUGACGACAGUCCUUUUACGGGAAGACAGUGACAACAACCCUUGUAGGGGAAGACAGUGACGACAGUCCUUUUACGGGAAGACAGUGACAACAACCCUUGUAGGGGAAGACAGUGACGACAGUCCUUGCAGAGGAAGGCAGUAACGACAGCCCUUGUAAAGGAAGACAGUGACAACAGCCCUUGUACGGGAAGACAGUGACAGCAGUCUUUAUAGGGGAAGACAGUGACGACAGCCCUUUGUGCAGGAAGACAGUGACAGCAGCCCUUGUAGGGGAAGACAACGACAGCAGUCCUUGUAGGGGAAGACAGUGACGACAACCCUUGUUCAGGAAGACAAUGACAGCAGCCCUAGUUGGGGAAAACAGUGACGACAAGCCUUGCACAGGAAGACAGUGACAACAGCCCUUGUAGGGGAAGACAGUGACGACAAGCCUUGCACAGGAAGAUAGUGACAACAGCCUUGUAGGGGAAGACAAUGACAACAGCCCUUGUAGUGGAAGACAGUGACAACAGCCCUUGUAGGGGAAGACAGUGACAACAGCCCUUGUAGGGGAAGACAGUGACAACAGCCCUUGUAGGGGAAGACAGUGACAACAGCCCUUGUAGGGGAAGACAAUGACAACAGCCCUUGUAGGGGAAGACAGUGACAACAGCCCUUGUAGGGGAAGACAGUGACAACAGCCCUUGUAGGGGAAGACAAUGACAACAGCCCUUGUAGGGGAAGACAGUGACAACAGCCCUUGUAGUGGAAGACAGUGACAACAGCCCUUGUCGGGGAGACAGUGACAGCAGCCCUUGUAGGGGAAGACAGUGACAGCAGCCCUUGUAGGGGAAGACAGUGACAACAGCCCUUGUAGGGGAAGACAGUGACAACAGUCCUUAAAGUGGAAGACAGUGAAAACAGCCCUUGUAGGGGAAGACAGUGACAAC